UUUUUCUACAACUUCUUCCAACGAACUACGAAUAGGAGAACGUAAUUUCUCAUCGUGUGUGAAUUUUAAUUGAAAUUUUUAAAAAAUUUUAAUAAAAACUUAUUAAAAAUUAUAAUUGUCAAAUGUAAUUUAGCACCUAAAGAUCAACAAUAAUAUAUAAACAAAGAAAUUCGCCAAUAAAUGCAACAAAAAGCGAUUGUGAUUAUACAGUUCAAUAAAAAAUAAAACCAUAAAGAGAAUAAAGAAAAAGCGAAUACUCCCAAUUGGACUUGAAAAUUACAAAAAAAGCAACCAAAGUAGAAAGAAAGGAAGGAAAAAGCUGUAGAAACAGACAAAAAGCCAGUAAUAGCUGUAAUAUAACCAAAUUUAUGAUUGGGGCUAACAUAGCGGCUAAAAAUAAAUAAAAACUAUUUUCACAUAUUUCAACCAUUAUCUUCGGUUUAACAGAUUGAAAAAAAAGAAAAACAUUGGCAUAAAUUGUGUAAACAUUUUGUUUGAAAAAAAUACUGCCUCUACGAAGCAAAUACAAAACAAAGAAAAUAAGUGACAACAUCGUUGGCCACAUAUUUUGGACAAUAUAAUAAAACAUAAUAACUAAUAAUUAUUAAUACCUUUAAGUCCAAUUUGCUUCAUAACACACCAUUCAUCCAUUUAUCCAUCUAUCACCGUCGUCUUUAGUUGGUGAAGAUGGCGUUGGACAUGGGUAUACAAGUGAAUGGCAGCAAUGCGCUGACAUCAUCCUUUACUGCUAAGAAAAAGGAUGCUGGUAAUGCCGAGAAAGAAAAUCUUUGGUCUUCAAUAUUAAGUGAAGUACAAAAACAAGGCAGCACGAAACUUCCUUCAAAUAAAUCGGUAUUAGUAUUGGGUGAUAAUGCCACUGGAAAAACUACUUUAGUAGCUAAAUUGCAGGGUGUAGAAAAUCCUAAAAAAGGUUCAGGUUUAGAAUAUGCCUACAUAGAUGUCAAAGAUGAAUACAGAGAUGAUAUGACCCGUUUAAGUGUUUGGGUUUUAGAUGGUGAUCCAGGCCAUAAGAAUUUAUUGCAUUUUGCUUUAAAUGAAACCAAUUAUGCACACACAUUGGUUAUACUUACAGUAUCUAUGACCCAACCAUGGUUUUGGUUGGAACAACUAAAUCAUUGGAUAAAGGUUUUGUCUGAUCAUAUUGAAACUUUAAAACUAGAACCUGAAGAGAAACAAGAAGCCCGCCAGCGUUUAAUAACUUCUUGGCAAAGUUAUUGUGAAGUUGGAGACGAUUUAGAUCCUGGUUCGCCGGUAAAACGCACGAUGAGAAAUAAUUCCAUAGAUGAUGAUGAUUUGUUACCGCUAACUGAGGGAGCCCUUUUAACAAAUCUUGGUUUGGACAUUGUAGUCGUUGUAACGAAGACUGACUACAUGACAACAUUGGAAAAAGAAUAUGAUUAUCGGGAUGAGCAUUUCGAUUUUAUUCAACAAUGGAUACGUCGUUUCUGUUUACAGCAUGGCACAUCACUUUUUUAUACAAGUGUUAAAGAAGACAAAAACUGUGAUCUCCUCUAUAAAUAUUUAACACAUCGAAUCUAUGGCCUACCAUUCCGAACUCCUGCCCUAGUCGUUGAAAAAGAUGCGGUUUUAAUUCCUGCCGGUUGGGAUAGCUUAAAGAAAAUAAGUAUUUUAUAUGAGAAUAUGCAUUCUUGUAAAGCUGAGGAUUAUUACACCGAUAUUAUAACAGCACCUCCCUCUAGAAAAGCUGUUUCAAAUCGUGAAAUUGAAAUUCAAACUGAAGACGAACAAACCUUUUUGGCGCGACAACAAGAAGUUCUUAAGGCAGGCGGUCAAGUACGUAGCGAAUCACCUUUGCGUUCCCAGGCUAGUAAAGCUUUGCCUCGUACCCCUGGUUCUGCUAAUCAGAACUCACCAACUAGAAAGCUCGACGUUAAAAUGAAUCCUGCUACUCCUGGAGGGGAAGGAGUUUUGGCGAAUUUCUUCAAUUCAUUGUUGCACAAAAAAUCUGGUUCACCAGCAACACCACCUGGUGCCAUGAGUACACCUAGAACUAAUGGUUCUGAUAGUAUGAUGACUCCCGAUAAAUUAUCUGUGCGCACAGAUGCAGCCGCAGAGUUGGAUCGCCUAGCGAGGAGUGUAAAGAAGGAUGUAGAUUUCUCGCAAAGCGAGUGUUAAAUAAAAGGCGAGGUAUCCUCACUCUAUCACAACACAGAGGCACUAAUUUCAGAAAUUCUUCGUUUAAACUGUAAUAAUUCAUUAGUAAAUAAUAGAACUACACUAACGAAUUGAAUUGAAAAUGCAUGGAACUUAAAGAUCAAAAGGAAAAAUGCAACAAAGAAUACUAAAAUUAUUAUGGCCUUUUAUCAUCCUCUUUAUAUUGAACCUUUAGUGAUCACUAGAGAAAUUCUAAUUAUUAUAAACAAAUGUUAAAAAAAAAAUUGUUUUUUAUAUAUACAAAUUAUUUUCUUCAUCCGCCCUCCAUACACCAACUGUUUGCUUCUAAAAAUAAUCCACUUUUUAAGUUGUGCUAAUUUUUUAAAUAUAUAAAAUAUUUUAUUUUUUAAUUUUUUUAAUAAGCAAUAAAAGAAAUCAAGUAUUGUACACAACUUAAAAUAUAUAAAAAGGGAUAAACUCUUUUUUAAACAAUUUUGUUAAUAAUAUGGCUUAAUAAUUAAAAGUAUUUUUUAAUAGACAUUCAUUUGUUUUCUUUUUAAUUUGAUUUAGUUGCUCAAAGAUUUAUAUGUUUAAUAAAAAAGAAACACGAAAUAUAAUGUAACCAUCGUAGAUUUAUCGUUUAAACAAAAGACACUCCAUAAUCUGUAAAA